CAUGAAAUGUCAUCACAAACAAAUCAAAACAACAUUGAUGAAUUUCUCAUUUUGUACAUGCUGCAAUUCAUCAAGAAUGUAUUUAUUUAAUAUCGAAGAUUUGAUUUCUCUAGAGAAGAAUACUGUUUGAAAAACUACUAAAUGUGUAUCGCAAGACGAGAUAUGGAUUGUGUUUACGAGGCUUAUUUCGAAUCCAAUAAUCAUGAGCCAGAUGAUAUUCCUAAAGUUUCAGUUCCUCUCUGGAUAUUUGGGAAAAAAUACAACGCAUUGGAUGAUAUAGCAGAAAUUCGUCAGGAUAUAACAUCGAAACUUUGGUUCACUUAUAGAAAAAAUUUUGUUCCGAUUGGUGGCGAUAACGGAUAUGUUUCUGACAAAGGAUGGGGUUGUAUGCUGAGAUGUGGCCAAAUGGUUUUAGGACAGGCUCUAUUAUUCUCACAUCUUGGCAGGGACUGGUUCUGGGAGCCAGGGACAAAAGAUUCUGUUUACUUGAAAAUAUUAAAACGAUUUGAAGAUGCUAGGCAGGCUCCUUUUUCUAUUCAUCAAAUAGCUCUCACUGGUAUUUCUGAAGGAAAACCUGUGGGACACUGGUUUGGACCCAAUACUGUGGCACAAGUACUGAAGAGAUUAGUCAAAUAUGAUGAAUGGAGUUCACUGGUAAUCCACGUAGCUUUAGACAAUACUAUUGUAAUAAAUGAUAUAAAGGAGUUAUGUCGAAAAAAUGAUAUAAGUACAAAAUUACUGAGAGUAAGUUGGAUGCCAUUGUUAUUAGUAGUGCCUUUACGAUUAGGAUUGAAUGAAAUGAAUCCAAUAUAUAUCUCAGGGUUGAAGAAAUGUUUUCAAUUUAAACAGAGUUUGGGUGUUAUAGGAGGAAAGCCAAAUCUAGCAUUGUAUUUCAUUGGAUGUGUGGGAAACGAAGUAAUUUACCUUGAUCCUCACACAACCCAGAGAGCUGGAAGUGUGAACAAUAAGGAGAAUGAAAGUGAAAUCGAAAUGGAUCUCACUUACCACUGUAAAUAUGCUUCUAGGAUGAAUAUGAGCAGUAUGGAUCCUUCUAUUGCUGUUUGCUUUCUUUGUAAGACAGAAGGAGAAUUCAAUGAUUUAUGUCAACUUAUACAGGACAACUUGAUUUUAACAGAAAGGCAACCCCUUUUUGAAAUAUCAGUUGAAAGACCAACCCAAUGGGUUUCUACGCCACUCACAAGUCCAGAUGCUGUAGUGGCAGAAGCACCAGUUUCAAGUGUUCCUGGUGCUCCAAAACUAGAUUCCGAUAGUGACUUUGAAAUCGUGUAAAUGCAUCAUGUGUGAUCGGUGAAGCCUGCCCAACAAUUUUGUUACUAUGUAUUUUAUCUGUGUACAGUUUUUUAAGAAAUAAUUACAAAAUAUUAAAUUUAUACUUGAUUGCA